AGUGCGUGAUUCAUUUGAGCAUCUGUGAACACGCUGGCUCGUUACACGACGCUUAUAAUUUGCUUGUUAGCAUGUAAUCGUUCGAGAUUAAGCAUUUAUUCAACUCAAUGUAGAAAAAAAACACGACUUGCUCGCUGACUUUAGUUGGAGCUCCCGCAAUGAGGUGAAACGCUUUGGUUCGCAAGGCAACUUUCCACGUAGGCUAGAUUGUCUUUUCGGAGAUUCAAAUGUUUUACAACUUAUAACCGAGACAUGGUUUCAAAGCAUGGAAACAGAAGACGUGACGGUUAGAGAGCAAAUAUUCCACGACCGAGUCCGAGAAACCAUUAUUUGCGUGCUGCUUUUCAUUUGCCUGUACAUCUUGUCUCACUUCAUUCUGACUCACUUUAAGAAGAGUGCUGAAUUUGUCACUGAUGACAUUGAGGAUGCCACUGUCAACAAAAUUGCGCUUUGGCUGUGCACAUUCACACUCUCAGUGGCCGUGUGUGCAGUUCUGCUGCUGCCCAUUUCCAUCCUAUCCAAUGAAGUCCUGCUCACAUUCCCUCACAGUUACUACAUGCAAUGGCUCAAUGGCUCGCUCAUCCGUGGCUUGUGGAACCUAGUCUUCUUAUUCUCCAAUCUCUCUCUGGUGUUCCUCAUGCCAUUUGCCUACUUUUUUACUGAAUCUGAAGGAUUUGCUGGGUCCAAAAAGGGUGUGAUGGCGCGGGUGUAUGAGACUGCUGUGAUGCUGCUGCUUCUUAGUCUGUUGGUGCUGGGCAUUGUGUGGGUGGCAUCAGCCCUUCUCCAUCAUAACACAGCCCGAGAGAGUCUUUAUGACCUGUGGGAAUAUUAUCUGCCCUAUCUUUAUUCUGGAAUCUCCCUUUUUGGAGUUCUGCUGCUUUUGUUGUGCACACCAUUUGGGCUAUCACGCAUGUUUAGUGUCACUGGGAGCUUAUUGGUCAAACCUCGGUUGUUGGAGAACUUGGAAGAGACCAUGAACUGUGCAGUGUUUGAAGAGGCCUCUUUGUCCAGGAAGUUAAAAAGUUCCAACACAUGCUGGAUCAGUGCGCAUUUAGAGGCCCUCAACAAAGAAUUUUUGAGUGUCCAAUCCAAACGCAUUGCUUUGGAGUUGCGGAAAAGAGCAUCUCCUUGGCAGAGAAACCUAGUAUACCCAGUGGCCAUGCUGCUGCUUUUAGCUUUAACUGCGGUGAGUGUGCUGAUGGUGUGUUUCCAUGUGCUCGAACUGCUUUUCGAUGAGUCUGCUAUGCCUAGAGGGAUGGAGGACCCUCAUUUGGGCCUUGCCUCUUUCUCAAUGCUGGGUUCUCUGGGAGCCGCGGUGCAGGUUGUCAUUAUCCUGUAUCUGAUGGUGUCUUCAGUCGUGGGCUUCUACAGUUCUCCACUCUUCACCGGUUUACUGCCACGUGCACAGGACACAACCCUCACACAGAUAAUCGGGAACUGUGUUUCACUUUUAAUACUCAGUUCUGCACUGCCUGUUUUCUCUCGCACAUUGGGAAUCACAAAGUUUGAUCUACUUGGAGAUUUUGGGCGGCAUGACUGGCUUGGCAGUUUCCACAUUGUGUUCCUGUACAAUAUGCUUUUUGCUGGACUCACAUCUGCCUGCCUCAUCAACACAGUCACAUGGGCCUUGCAAAGAGAGCUCAUCCGUGCCUUUGGUCUCCACAGACUCCCUCUGACUGUGUCUCGUUCAACAAUCCCUCUCAAACUGCUCCUAGCCAACGGCCUCUCAAAGAUUCAUUGAACAGCUAAUAUCAUUGGCUAACAAGGCCCUUUUCUGUCUGGAGAAGGAUCAGGAUCCCAGUCUGUGGCUUACUAUUGGACCAGAGCAUCCAUUAUUGGUAAACGCUCACCAAAGCUGUUUACAAAGGUUACCUGACUGAUUUAUAUUGAUGGAUUCUGCAGGGACAGUUUUAUGCGUUGUUUACUGCAAUAAUAUUUAUGCAUAUUACCGCUUUUUUAAUUAAAAAAGGGAUGUCAAAUCACUGGACGCCUCAAACAACCGCCUUAUAAAAAAAUGAACAAUGGUUUCAGAGGACUUUGACAUGCGUCCAGACAGGAGAGCUAUUUCAGAGGAUGACAUCACAGCCAUGAGCGCGUUUCCUUUUCCUGGUGGUGGAAUGAGAGUGUUGAGUUCUGUCCUGGUGGCCCCCCUACGCUUUCCCCUGGUAUACCACUAUUUUUAGUGUCAUCCAACAAACCCUAUGCUAUGGGUGCUCAUUGCACUGGCAAAGGAAGUCCAGUCUGGCUGGCUUCUUACUGAAGAACCUGAGAAAAGGGAUGAAAGGGAUGUUGGAGAUAAGUAGUUCAACUGUUUUUCUAAAGUUAGGUUUUAAAAUGUAUGUUUAAAAAAAACGUCUGACAAUGAUUUCAAGCUUUAGGCCAAGAAAACUGUGAAUGUGUUUAGGGAUUUUUGUUCCCAUUUUUUUUUAUUAUUUCAUAUGUGAAUUUUUAAUGUGCAAUAUUAUAUUGUAAACGUUGUAUGUACAGUUAUGCAAAUCUAACUCGACUGCCUUCCAAAAAUGGACCCUGCAGCCUUCCAGAUCUAACAUCUAGAUCAUAGGUCUCAAACUGGAUUCCUGGAGGGCCGCAGCUCUGCACUGUUCUGCUCCAACCCUGAUCAAACACAGCUGAUUCAACUAAUGAAGAUGUUCAGGACUCUUUUGAACACCUCAAUUAUUUGGAUCAGCUGUGCUUGAUAUAGUUGGAGCAAAACAGUGCAGAGCUGCGGCCCUCCAGGAAUCCAGUUUGAGACCUAUGAUCUAGAUGGAGCAAUAAGGUCAAAGAUUGGUUAGUUCAUACAUUUUGUAGGUUGAACUCUGUUAAUAGACAAUCAAUCCAAAUGAUAAUUUCCUGUUUCAUAGAGACCACAGGGGCUGUAAUUGAUAAAUGUGGAUUUUUAAAAAAAAAUCUAAGGUCACACUUUUUUUUGAUGGUCUGUUUGUUGAAUAUAAGUUACAUUGCAUCUACAUGCCAACUAAUUCUCAUUAGAUUAUAAGUAGACUGUUAAGUUGGGGUUAGGGUUAGUGUAAGUUGACAUGCACUUGCAAAGUUUCUUAUAGUGAGUUAAAUGUCUGUUGAAGGAGCAUAUCAGCAGAUAUUAAGCAGACAGUCUACUAAUACUCAAAUGAACCAUCAAAAUAAAGCGUUACCAAAUCUGAUAACCACUCAUUUUAUAUCAGGGGUGUCCAAACUGGGUCCUGGAGGGCCGGUGUCCUGCAGACUUUAGCUCCAACUUGCCUCAACACACCUGCAUACGUUUCUAGAAAGCCUAGUAAGAGCUUGAUUAUCUAGCCCAGGUGUGUCGGAUUGGGGUUGGAACUAAACUUUGCAGGACACCGGCCCUCCAGGACUGAGUUUGGACACCACUGUUUUAUAUGGUGCAGUAUUUAUAAUGUACACUUUUUGUUUGUUUUUGAUGAUGAUGACACUGUUUUUUCUUUUAUAUGAUUCCGUUAUUUAUAGAUUUUAGUUCUAUGUCCUUCAUGUGGUGGCCAGUAGAGGACAGUGUGCCACAAAUGCAUCAUUACACAGGUUAUUCCUUAACCAUAUUUUCCUAAUAUGAUCACUGCAUCAAUCAUAGCUAACUUUUCCUCACAGUUAUCUAGCUUUAAGUCAAAUAAGGAUGUAAUUAAUUGCUUAAAGUAAAAAUUUUGCCCUCAUGUUGUUCCAAACCUAUACGAUUUCCUUAUGUGUAGGCUGAUACAAAGGAAUGUUUUAAGUGCUUUGACCCCAAAGCAACCAGUUUUCAUAAAGUUUUGGUACAACAUGAGAAUUAUAGUGGGAUAUUCUGUGUCUUUUUCCAUUCUCACGCAUUUGCAUAGCUCUGAAAAAUUGAUGGUUGAUUAUACCACGUUAGUGCAUAAUGUAUGGAUGUUUUUUACUAUAUUGUUAAUGGAAAACUCUUUUGGGGAACAAAAAAAAUAGCAAACGACUAAUGUUUAGAAAAAGAAAUUGUCAGCAUUUUAUUUGCUUGUAUUCCCUAAAGCAAAGAUAGCGACUCUGUGACAAACGGUUCCUCCUCACUUCCUUGAUACGAGGUGAAAAGGACAAUAAAUAUGUUUACACUUGUUUUUCCAA